GUGUGUGCUUGCGUGUGCUUGUGUGUGCGGUGAGUGAGUGGCCACGCACAAGGGUUUUGCAAAAGCAGUCAAGGUGGCCGCGUCGAAGAGAUCCCGAGGGACCUCGGCGUCCGAAGGUCGCCUUGCGCCGACUACAGCCACAACGACGACGACGGAAAGUACUGGAGCCGGCGGUGGGCAACCCACUGCAACCACCACCACCAACACCACCACCGUUGCCACUUCCUCAUCCGGUGGAGCCACCGUUGAUCCUUCCUCCACCAGUCUACAGUCCUCCAGUUCGCGCCAAGGAUCGGUCGAUGGCGUGAUGCAACGAUGCGGCCUCUGCUCCAUCAUCUCGAGCCUGUUGAGGCGCGCUAUGUGUGUAGGGUCGCGUCGUGGUAGCGGAGAAUCCUACUAUCAGGAGCUAGCGGAAACUAAUGUACGUCAAUGUGUUAAAUACAAUGAAUCUGCAACCAUCGCGGACGUCGCCACGGUGGAAACGACGGAUAGCUCGAGCUACAAACGACUGAUAUCAACCACAUCGAGCAACGCACCGACAGCAGCUGCUACGACGACGAUCGUGGCGCUAACGACGCCCACCGGUACAACCCCAACCGUAAUGUUAAUGCACGGAGACGACGACGACGACGAAGGAGCACUGAACGGCCAUCCAAGGGCAGCAGCCGCCACGACCACCAACCUGCGAAGAAUCUCCGAUCAAGAUCGACCCCUGUUCGAGGCACUGAUGGCAGAGGAGCGAGGAGAGUUGCCCCGGCGGCGGCAUGCCUGCACCGGACGCUUCCUAACCAUGCACAAGCGCCGCAGAAAGAAGCUGCUGACACGCAGUCUCGCUCUCGAUCAAGCCAUCCUGGACGAUGUGCUGCACGGGCAGGUGCAGUGUAUUCUCGAUCGCGUGCAUCACUGGCGCUUUAACGCGUUCACGCUCGAGACGGUGACCGGUGGACGCUCACUGCCGGUAUUAUGUGUUCAUCUGUUCCACUGGUACGGGCUGCUGGACCACUUCAACCUAGACGUAGUUAGAGUAUGGAAAUUGUUUAGCUUAAUCGAGGAAGGCUACCACAGCACCAACCCGUACCACAACUCGAUCCACGCGACCGACGUAACGCAGGCGAUGCACUGCUUCCUGCAGGAGAAGCGCAUACUGGAGAAUCUGAGCCCGCUGGAAAUAAUGGCCUCGCUGAUCGGUGCCGUCACGCACGAUCUCGACCAUCCGGGCGUAAAUCAACCGUUCCUGAUAGCGACCUCCAACCAUCUGGCGGCACUGUACGAAAACACGUCCGUGCUGGAAAAUCACCAUUGGCGUUCGGCGAUCGGCUGUCUGCUGGAGAGUGGCGUUGCCGAACAGGUGCAGGACAUCCGGCCCGAGCUCGAGAAACAGAUCAGCUCUCUAAUACUGGCGACGGACAUUACGCGGCAGCAGGAGUUUAUCGGCCGGUUCCGCGACUACCUGAGCCGGGACGCGCUGGACAUGCGCGACACCACCCACCGCCACUUCAUACUGCAGAUAUCGCUCAAGUGUGCCGACAUUUCGAACCCGUGCCGCCCGUGGGACAUCAGCAAGAAGUGGAGCAUGAAGGUGUGCGAAGAGUUCUUCCGGCAGGGUGAUUACGAGCGGCAGCUGAACCUUCCGGUAACGUCGCUGUGCGAUCGGCAGUCGACGACGGUGCCGAAGAUACAGACCGGGUUCUUCAAGUUUGUCGUGACGCCGCUGAUGGACGAGUGGCAUCGGUUCCUGCGCACGGACCUGUCCCACUCGAUGAUGCACCAUCUGAAGUACAAUCAGACGCAGUGGGAGAGCAAGCUGCAGGCGGAGAUUAACGAGGAAACGCGCACGGAAAUCUCGGACGCGGAGCUACUGGACGAGGAGGACAUCGAUGGUGGGGAUGAGGAGGGUGCGGAGGAUGAGGGUGAUGAUUCGCACCAGCUGGCAGAUCUGUCCGACAGUUCCGAGGCGCUAGUACCGUUUGCGAUGGUAAAGUUCGGACGAAGAAGCUCACUUCAGGUCGCGUCCGCCAACCAUGGUUUCGCUGGCCGAGUGCGUAACGAUCGACGGCUUUCCGUACCGGCCACACACUGCAUACCGAAAAUAAUUCUCCCGGCAAAGGAACCAUCGAGCGGCGGAGGACGAUCGGGUGGAGGUUCUGGUGGCGUUGAGUUUACCCUGCAACCACCGGAAUCGAUACAGGAGAGUGACGAACAUCGGUUCGAUGCCGAUUCACUAUCAAUUUUCUCCUCCGACAGUGACAGCUUACACCGGGGAGCUCGUGGUUCCUCCACCGGCAGUACCGCUGAUCGGGAACGUCCGCUUAGUGCGGAGAAUCUGCUGCCAGAUUGUAGUAUCGCUUCCAUGACGGACGGUGCUUGUGGUGAUCGGCUCAAUCUCGUACUGCACGGUGCAGUCAGUGUUGGCAACACGGCCAACCUGCUCACUGUGGGCACCUCGAAACAUCUGAUCCGCCAGCAAACGUUCCCACCGUUGCAACCGUACGUCCGGACACGCUACAUGUCCUCGCAGGCGGAACUCGGCGCCUGUCCGGAAGCGUUGCUCGAAUCGCACUCGUCCAGCUCGAACAGUAGUGGCUCCACGAACACAGCAGCGGCGGCCGCUUUAUCAAACGUCGAAUCUCGUGGUCGUGUUCUCGCGACCAGAAAGGAUAGCAUCAAGCGGGAACAGCAACCGGACGGUGCGGGCUCAUCGCAGGCGGACGGAGCGGGCAAGAUUAAGGUGCCGAAGCUAUCACUCGGCCAGAAGGAGAACCUUGACCCAUCGAUGCUGAAGCGAAGUCUCAGCAGGCGGCGUGGAUCCGCUCCGGUGACUGUGGCUUUGCCUACGAAACCGGGCACGACAUCGGAACCAUCCGGAACGGGGCAGGUUGGGACAAGUGUCGGAAUUGUCGGCGAGAUCGGCAAAUCGUUCAUCAUUAAAACAUGCGAUCUAAUGCGCCGAGGUUCGAUGCCCGUCGACGCUUUCAUGCACUCUAAAGAUCUUCCAUCAUCCCAAAGUACGGCGGGAAGCAGUGUUAAUGCCGGUGGCGUUCCUUCCAACACAGUGCAGCUUCCCAACAGCCUUGUCGCACCAUCCGCGUACCCCGGUAUGCAACGGCGCGGUUCAGUACCCUGCGAAAGUACCAACAAUGUGGCUCUCCGGAGCAGCUUUAGCAUCAAGCGACGCAGCACGAAGAAAGCGAUCCGGCGGCGAUCGUCCGGUGGUGCGGAAAUUCUCAGCCCCAUCCUGUCGGAGGAUGCGGCAGGCGGUGGUAGCAACGGUGGUGCUGGUUCGUCCUCCUCUAACGCGUGGUACCGGAUAAAGCGGGAUUCGGGCCACCGGCGAACGGGUGACAACGAGAGCCUGCUCUCCCGGCGACGAGGUUCCCUGCCGGUCGAGGUCCUCGCGAUCGGUUACUCCGGCACCCUUCGUCACUAG